CACUGUUGUAAUUUAACCCCACCCCCUUCAUUUUGGAAGAUCUGUCAUUUUUUUUAUUCCACUGUAUCAUUCUUGUAACUUUUUUCUAUAUCUUACCACCACUGUUCCCCCCUUCUCCUUUCCCUUUUUUUUCUCCCUAGAAAAUUACUACCUCUUUUUUUUCUCCCUGUUGUAUGCCUGGUUUGAAUUUUCUUUUGGGGAUUUUCCCGCUUUUUGGCUUUUUAUGUAUUUAUUGCCAUUUAUUUUGUCUAUGUAAACCCUUUGUAUUAUUCUGUUUUGUUCUGGCGGCUCUCCGCCACUUUCAAAAGUAUUUUCUCAUUUUUAUAUGCCGCUGUAAUUUUUUGUAUCCAUAUCAAAAAGAACUUGAUUUUUUUUUUUCAUUAUAUAGGAAAGUAGUGCUACUUUUUUUCAUUUUUUUUAUACAUCAAUAAAACCAUGAAACAACGGCUUUGUAAAGCUAUUA